UGGAGUGCGACUAUUUUGGCGCUUAACGCGACGUUUAAAGCAACAAUUCAGAGGAGGGCUGAACCGAGGCGACAGAAGCAGGAAGUCUCCUGCCUGCGCUCAGUAAAGGACACCGGUCCUGGGCUGUACCUGUCAAGUCAGACGGAGGAGGCAGCCGCUGCAGGGCUUUCAGGAACAUGGUCAGAAGUGCUGCCAACGGCAACUCCAAGACACCCCUGAACCAGAAUGGACUGAAAAGCGAGGACAUCAAGAGAAAUGGCUGUCACAGCCAGAGAGAGAAAAAUGGCCGAGGGACCGGUGUUGCCUCCAGGCAGCACAGGCAGGAGUGCUUUGAACAGGCGCCCAUAUAUGUGGCUGUCAUGACAUACCUGGGCUUUGGCAUCGUAACCCUGUUUGGCUACCUCAGAGAUUUCCUCCGAGCCGUGGGCUUAGAGAAGUGCCACCUUGCCCAGGAGAGAGAGGAACAGAAGGAUUUUGUACCACUUUAUCAAGAUUUUGAGAACUUCUACACUCGAAACCUGUACAUGAGGGUGCGAGACAACUGGAACCGCCCCGUAUGCAGCCUACCAGGACCUGUCUUUGACCUGAUGGAGAGGGUGUCUGAUGACUACAACUGGACAUUCAGGUUAACUGGGAGGACGAUACACAAUGUCAUCAACAUGGGCUCUUACAACUACCUCGGUUUUGCUGAGAACAACGUUGAUUUCCUGAAAACUGUAGCAGACAAAACACGCCAGUAUGGGGUUGGAGUCUGCAGCACAAGGCAAGAAAUAGGUAAUCUGAGCAUCCAUGAAGAGCUGGAGAAACUUGUGGCCAGUUUCCUUGGAGUAGAGUCUUCCAUGACUUUUGGGAUGGGUUUCGCCACCAACUCAAUGAACAUUCCAGCACUUUUUGGCAAGGGUUGUUUGAUAUUGAGCGAUGAGCUCAAUCACACAUCUCUCAUCUUAGGGGCCAGACUGUCAGGAGCAACCAUCCGGGUGUUCAAACACAACAACAUGCACAGUCUGGACAAGAUGCUAAGAGAGGCAGUUUGCUCAGGGCAGCCUCGGACUCACAGACCCUGGAGGAAGAUCCUCAUCAUGGUGGAAGGCAUCUAUAGCAUGGAAGGCUCAGUGGUGCGACUACCAGAGAUCAUCGCUCUGAAGAAGAAGUAUAAAGCGUAUCUGUACCUGGAUGAAGCCCACAGCAUUGGAGCAGUGGGACCAUCAGGUCGGGGCGUGACCGAGCUGUUUGAUGUGAACCCAGAUGAUGUGGACGUGAUGAUGGGUACCUUCACAAAGAGUUUUGGGGCAGCUGGAGGCUACAUCGCAGGGAAAAAGGAGCUGGUGGACUACCUGCGUAGUCAUUCUCACAGUGCAGUGUACGCCUCUGCCAUGUCCCCUCCUGUCACUGAGCAGAUCAUACGUGCCCUGAAGUGCAUCGUAGGAAAAGACGGGAGCACGGAGGGCAUUAGACGGAUCCGCCAACUGGCAGAGAACACCAGGUAUUUCAGGGCCAGACUGAAGGAAAUGGGCUUCAUCAUCUAUGGCAAUGAUGACUCGCCUGUGGUUCCAGUCCUGCUCUACAUGCCAGGCAAAGUGGUGGCUUUCGCUCGAGAAAUGCUGGAGAGGAAAAUAGGUGUAGUGGUAGUCGGCUUUCCGGCCACGCCGAUUACAGAGGCCCGAGCUCGCUUCUGUUUGUCUGCAGCACACACCAGAGCCAUGCUGGACCAGGUGCUGCACCAUCUGAAUGAGGUGGGAGACGCUCUCUGUCUGAAGUUCUCACGGCGAAAAUAUUCCUCUCAGCUUGACCUCUGUGAUGAGACAGACUUUGAGCUGGACAGCUGAUAUGACCCUUGACACGUUCACCUCACAGUGUCAAAACUAAGUCUAAGUGUCCAUGCCACAGCAGACCCACAAAUGCACAACGCAGAGUAACACUCUUGUCUCACUGCAGAAAAGGGGCCAAAUGUUUGGCAGCUGCUUUUUAUAUGUUUGUAAAAAAAAAAAAAUGUGAUUUAACAGAACACUUAUUUGUGCUUCUCAAAACUAUAUGAACUCCUGAAAGACCUUAUUUCUGAAUACAUUUAUUUGUGAAUAGAUACAUGAAAUUAUUGCACAAGAAUGCUGUAAUGGUCUCAAAUCUUGAGUUAUUUAUCUUUUUAUACCGCGACAAGUCACAUAUUUUUAGUUCAGUUGAGAAGUUCAGUUCCUCUGCACAUUUGAGGACGGUUUUAAAAUAAUAGAUUGAAAGAGGGCUCGUCUUUUUACACAGUUAAUGUGAUUGCUCGUCUAUAUUUAGACGUUGAAAACUUUUUUUUAUGGAAGCAUUUUUGCUUCUCAUAAAUUAAUAUCAGCAACCAAUUAUUGAAAAAAGCUGAUUGUGGUUAUUAAUAGAGAGUUGUCCACAUUCUCUAAGAAUUGAGAUGUAAGGAUUCCAUUUACUUCCUUAGUGUAAAGUAGUAGUAAAUUAGAAAUGAAAAACGCAUUUGUAGUUUGAAAUUUCCCCCUCUGGUGUAUUGCUGCAUUGCUAAAAUUUUGAGUCUGUCUAUUGACUUUUUUAUUUUCUUCCAAUAAAACAAAU